AAUCUAGUACCUUGUCAGUUAAUAGGUUUUUAAUAUAUUUUGUUGAAUUAUUUCAUUUAAAUAUCAAAGACAAUAUGCAAAAUUUGAGGCAACUGCAUAGGCUGGAAAAAGUCUUAAUAAAUGCAAAAAAUAUUCGUCUAAGAUGCGAAAGCGGAGGGCUUUAUGAACCAAGUUAUUUACAGGCGAUGCAAUCAAAAAUCCCUUUAUAUGAUGCAGUAAAUAUUCAGCUAAGAGGUUAUGAUUACCCUGUGCUAGAGCAUUAUCAAAAAUUUGUUCAUAACAUGUUGAAAAAUAUGGACGUUGAUGUUGAAGAUAGUUGGGCAGUUCCUGCACAACAUAUGAACAUCACUACUCUCAAACCAAAGAGUGAGAUUGUGCAUGCUCAAUAUAAUCUUAAAACAUAUGAGAGAGUUAUUCAAAUAACAGAUGUAUCAUCAAUUCAGCUUCCAAUAGUCAUUAGAGCUGUAGAAGCAAGUUUACCUGCAGGUGUAACAGCCCAUUUUAGACAGCAUGAAGAAGCUGAUGAGGAAAUUAGAUAUAUUCCUGAUGCAGAACUAAACACUCUUAAACAAGAAUUAGAAGACUUGGGAGGUCCUUCUAAGAGUAGAAAAUAAUUUGUUAUAAUAUAUUUUAGCCAUAAUGGUUUUGUAAAUAUUUAUUUGUUAGUUAAUGAACAUUUUUAAUAAAAUAAUAUAUUAAUAAUG